UCAUGCAAGCAAUUUCUGCGUGAAAACAUUUUGUGAAUAAGGACCCAGUUCUGUCGAAAUUACGAAAACUAGUCUUUUGGCAUUGACUGAAAUCAAGUCUUUUUCUUCAAUGGCAAAGUUUCUGUACAUUAUGUUCAAAAAAUUUGAUACUGAAAGUAGAAAUUUUCUUUUUUUUUGUUUUCUCAAAGUUCUUUUUUUCAAGUGUAAAGAUAUAGAAGCAGGAGAUUGAUGGUCUAGUUAACCAUAACCCCUUUUUUUGGGGCUACGCAGCCGAGCCAGGGGUUGACCCCAAGGAAGACGAGCUACUCAGGGAAGGCGAUGGAUACAACACCGUCCUCCACUGCCAGCUUGGAUCGCACUCUAUCGUGAUGGGCGGUGAAGUGAAAGCGGUCGACCCCUCAGUUGAAUGCAAGCUGGGUUCCACAGAUGGCUACGUGGAGUUUAAGACACACCGCGUGUUAACCACGGAGUCGCAGCGCCGCAAUUUCUACGAGUGCAAGUUGCGGCGCUGGUGGGCCCAAUCGCGCCUAGGAGGUGUCCCGAAGGGAUUGUGCGGCUUCCGCGACGAUAAUGGCAUUGUGGUGCGCAUACAGCAGUUUGACGUCAUCAACAUGCCAGACAUGGCAGAGGGACUGUGGUCGGAGGACGUGUGCAUGCGAUUCUGCAACCAGCUGCUUUCCUUUAUCAAAGAACACGUCGAAGGGAAUGACGGAAGGACUGUCUACCAUUUCGAGUACGUGCCGUCAUCCCGCGAGAUCGUCUGCAAGCACCUGACAAAUCCUGCAAAGCUUUACCGUCUGCCGGACUGGUUCCUGGAGGCGUUUGAAGACUGUUGAAGUGUUUGCUUCAGUUGCACCGCUCGCUCUUUAUGUGAUCUCUUUUCGAUGAUAGUGUGCUAAAGGCAACCUUCCAGAAAAUGAAGAGACUCUAAUCUACUCACACACCUCAUAAGUAUUUAGUGAAGGUUUCAUUGCUCCAAAUGAAAAUGUUUGUACUUUAUAUUAGAAUACAAGGGUAUUUGUGUCUGUAGUUUCUGUCAUUCUUGCACAAUUGUUCUUUUUUGGAAUGUUCGAAAAGUCUUAUUUUAAAAUGUCAUCGUGUAAUUACCGAACCAUCAGCUUUUCGAAAAUUGUGAAUGUUUUUUUGAUGGAAGUAUAAUCUGUAGAGAUGAUUUCAUUCAUCAUCAUACCAUUUCUCAGAAGCAAACAUAAAAAUAAUAAACAUUUUAAGUGCCUGCGUA